AUGAACUCUUCCUCGACUCGGUUCGUGACUUCGGGAGGGAUGGGGAUGUGGGGAGAAAGUUUCAAGAGCAAUGGAAGUCCUCAUCCACUGUCAUCAACGCUUAUACCGAAUGCAUCUUCGUCGUUGAUUAUAACAGCAGAUAUGAAGCUAGACAAUCAGUCAGAAGAUACUUCAGGGACCCCUGGACCGCUUAAUAAGUACGAACAAGAAGUGACUAAAUCGAGCGAGAAGGUACAAAGACGUCUUGCCCAAAACCAUGAGGCUGCUCGUAAAAGUCGUCUACGUAAAAAGGAUUGGUAUGUUGGCUCGCAUAAAUUAUAG